AUGCCUCCCCGAACUCGAGAGGAACAGCAGAUGGGUGGCUCGGGAACGCAGAAGCGGAAGCCUGUACGCCGGGACCUAGAGAAGAGGCGGCAGCAGAACAUCCAGGCUCAGAGGAAGUACCCAUAUUACGGGCUUUGGGUCCGAUCCUCUGGGCGGAGAAUGCUCACCAUUGGUUCAGGCGAGAAACUACGACAGCGCUAUGAGCGUCUAGAUGCGCUUGCUGCAACCGUCACGCAAGGAAGUCCCACAUUGCAGGUGCCGCAUGUGGGACAGGGUCUAUCUGGGGCAGAGGUCACAUUGAAUACUACUCAAGGCGAUAACUUAGCAACAUCUAUCCCUCGUCCUGCUUCUGAUGUGCUCACUAGCAGUCUUGAGACGACCGCAACGGACUAUGCCCAAUUUGUCCCUCAAUUGGGCGACUUCCCUUUGGACCUGAGCUCGUGGAACCCUAGUACGUACAUUUCGAGACCGGGUGACCCGUCCUUGUCCGGAAUAUGGGAUCCUGCCACGCUGCCUCUCUCAGACGAAACCAUCUGUUACCCAGCGCAAGUCGAACUAACCAGGGGAUUAAAUACAACCGAAAACACAGUCCAUUUCCUUGCAGGUCAUGCUUCACAGUCACAUAGUUCAUCAGCCCUCGUUUCAACAGCUAGCAAUAACCCCAUCACCAUCAGGAGCAGCCACACCAAUAGGCCAAGUUUGGCGUGGACUACCGUUAUCGACUGCGGCUGCACCACUCCACACUUUACCCUACAGUCGGGUGGUCCUUAUUCCGCAAAUCCUCGUCAAGUCAAGGUUCUCGCAACUAUGCCAGUAGCAGACCCAUACGCAAACAACCUACGAGUUGACCAGCACUGCACUCUAACGGCGUUGUUCCUCGUCGUAGAACACGUUGGCCUAACCAUGGCCGAAAUCUGUGCCGAUGAGUCUCCGUCACCUUUCUUCCGCAUAGACUCCUCAUCAGCAGAUCCAUUAACCAGAGCCAAUGUGGUUGCCGCGGUGCAGAAAGCAUUUAAAACAAAGCUCAAGCACGACCUGAGGCCAAGCGAAGAACAGAUUACCAUCAGCCAUCAUCCAAUGAUUGAUAUUUAUCCAUUUCCGACUCUGCGAAAUAAUCUUGUCACACGCCAGGGCGAGUAUGACGAGGACGAAUUCUUUCAUGACACUCUUGCCGGGUUGAUUUGUUGGGGAAGCGCGGGCGUUGGGCAAAGGGAUCGGAACGCCUCUGCCGGGAAAGCCUCAACUGGGGCACCAUGGGACUUACGGAGCUGGGAGGCGCAAGAGUGGUUCGUGAGAAAGUAUUGGGGUUUAAUGGGUGGUGAGGAUGGGGAUCUUGUACGGCAGACAGAAUGGUGGCGGAGUAUUAGAGGAGAAGAUGCCCUUGAAGUGGUCGAGCUGUAG